UAUCACGUAUUGUUCGAUAUAGCACGUUCGAUAUCGCACGCGUAUUCGAGUUUAUGCGCGCUUGGUGCACGCUUUUAUAUAUUUUCAAUUUUACACUUCCGGUUAUGUUUAUCAAUAUCGUUGAUAAGUACAACUAUUGAAUAAAAAUUUUAAAUUUACUUUAGCGAUCGUACACUUUAUAUCCUUAAAAGUUUUCGGUUUCUACAAUUUACAAGACAAACAAUUUUCAUUAGAAAUAGGAAUAUCUUAGAAGGAAAUUAUGUUUUUAUAAAUAUGAAUCUACUUGGAACUUGGAAGCGUUUUGAUUGACCAAAGAAUUUUGUCAAAACAAAAAAUUUUAUAAAUUGAUCAAUCAAAAAGUCGAAUACUUCGAAGCAUUUAUAGCAUCAAGUGGAUCGCAUUCUAUGGAUCAUCUUGGAUUUGUUGCAUAGACACCUUAAUAAUUAUGCUUUCGAAAAAUGUCAAGACAACGUUAUUGUGCGGCUCAAGAAAUCUAACAAGUAAAUCUUUCAUGUUUGAGGUUGCAACGUAUUGGGCGGAGAAAGGACAACGUGUCGUUUAUGUUACUCCAAUGCCUUUGGAAAAACGACCGGCGGCUUGUCACGACAGAGGAAAUCCAUCAGGCGCGGCUCUGAAAUUAAUGACAUUUAUGUAUUUGUCGGAUUAUGAAACACUCGUAGAGCAACUUGUUAAACUGCACACUUAUGCAGCUGUACCUUCCGUGCUUUUGAUAGACGACUUGGACAAUUAUUUCAAUGACAAAGCUGCGAAUGAUUCUAUUACGCAUAUCGCCAAAACUUGCUCUUUGAUACUUCACUCGAUGAAGUUGUGUUCACGAAUUUUGAAAAGAAACGUAUACGUGUGUGCAUGGACCAAUUCGAUUCUCACCAAUAACUUUAUUCAAACAAUGUACUUUCGUAAUAUUUGGAAUUUGACGGAAGAGGAAAAUGGAAAAGUGAUAUUACUGGAAAAAUUUUCUAUUGGAUCAUCGUUAGAACAAUCGUAUAAAUAUCAUAUAUUUGAAGACGGAAUGCGUGUUCUUCAACAGAUACUAUGCGAUUCAGUGGAAGAUAGUGUAAAAAUGCAAUAAAAAAAUUUUUUUAGAAAAUGUGUGUAAAAUUAACUGUAAAUUAUUAUUACGCGCGACUGAUUUUUGUACCGAUGUGUAUAUAGAAAUAUAUAUCUUUCGGGAUCGAAGUGAAUAAAA